AUGGUGUCGGCGCAACGCCAGACGCCCGCACCCCGAUUAUUCGACGUGCUGAACACGACCGAUGCCGCCAGCAACGGCACCUCAAAGCUGGGCAGCCUCCUCGGUUACCCGUCGCGUCUCCUUCAUCGCGUGCGCAGCGGGCUCGACGAGCUGCUAUACCAGGAGGAUCAGGCAGCACUAGCGUACGCGGCCUCGCACGACGACAACGAUGCGCUGAGGUCGAGGUACGGCGCAGUCGUCAUGCCUGGACCAUGGGGAUUCCUCACGUCGGGGUAUGUCGUCGGCUUGUUUGCAAUGGCCUUGAUCCUGAACCGCAUACAAAAUAUCGUUGUUCCCCCUCGACACCCGCUCACGUACCGCGCCCACCGUGCCAGACAGCCGUAUCAGAACCGGGGAUCGGUCUGGCGCGUGAUGUACCACUCUGUGUUCCCUGUCGACCUGUCGUCGACGUUCUGCCGCCUUGUGCUACGAAUUCCGUCUCUAUACUUUCUGUCAAAGGCGCUGGCACUAUGGACAAUCAUCUUGAUACAGACCGCGGACUUGUUCCCGUCGUGGCAGUGGGGAUGGUUACAAGCCAUCGGUAACUGGGCUGCGACCAAGGAGAUGGAGGACGUCUGCUGGUUCACGUUUGCGUCGAUAUGUGGUGGUCUAUGUGUCGGUGCACUUACGAGAGGAUUAGAGGGACAAGGCUCACCCAAUAGUUCCCCCUUCAACCUGUUUGGCUACGCUUUCCUCCUCCAUAUCUACUCUUCCCCGCUUACCCAUACCAAGAAACCACUCGGCCUGCCCUCGCGACCGGACGCCCAUGUUGUCAUCACCAUCAUCCUCCCCCUCUUACAGGUGCCGUUCUCCGGUUACGACCAUUGGUGCCUACUAAACGCCUUCCAGGUCGUGCUGAUCCACGCGCUCGGCAUCAAGCAGCGCUGGGCGCGCCAGCGGCUCGCACCGACGACGCUCUGCGCGCUGCUCACGCUCGCGCACUUCCACUGGGUGCUCUGGUUCUCCGAGAAGCCGUACCCGCUGCUCAACUACCUGCCCUGCGUGCUUGAGUCCACACUCGCGGCGAUCACGCUGCUGACGGUCGCGCUGAACGCACUCACGCAGUUGCUGCUCGAAGGCGCGGUGACCCGCCCGCUGUUCGGCCACGCGGCAGCGCUGCUCCCGCGGUGGGACGAGGAUUUCUCCGUCGCGCUCCUCCGGCUCGGAACGGCGAGCUUGGAGGCAACGAGCGUCGCGGGGCUGGGCAACGAGGUCGGCGGAGUGACCGCUGCGGAUCCCGCGCUGUCGCUCGCCAAGGUCGCGCACACGGAGUACGGCGAGGUCGAGCUGAACCGGUUCGGCGUGGCGAGCAUCUCGCAUACGAUCGAGGCUCGCGGGCGCCGGCGCAGACGGAAGGAGGGGUUCGCGAAUGAGAUACGGAACGUGAGGACGGGGACGGGCCAGGACGAUGUGUGGUGGGAUGCAGUGUGGUACAAGGAGUUGGCUCGCUUCGGGGUUGCGGUGUGGAAGAUGUGCAGGGGCUUUGGCAGGUGGGUCUGGAACGUGGUGAGAAUGAAGCCGACAGCGCUGUCGGACAGCCUGGUAGUACACCAAGCUUUGGAAUCACCGACAUUUAGGGAGAACGACGAGAGGGACGAGAGUGACGAGGAGGGGGUGGGAGAGGCCGAGGGGAACGUUUACGAGCGCUUCCUGCGCGAGGAGGCUGUCAGUGAUGACGAGGAAGAGUACCGACCGACCGAUUCUGCCCUGUCCGAUGACGAUGGCUCGGAUUCAGACGAAGAAGAUGAGCCGGCCGUGGAGACGGUCAAGCUUUAUGCUGACCUCUCUGAGUCCUCAGUGAGCCGGACCGGCGCAGACUCGUCGGUCUUGCUAGCGCAUAUGACAAACGCGACCCCGUCCCCGCUUACGAGGAGACGAUAUCGCCGCCUCGCAGAGCCUGGGGGAGAGGCCUCCUCCAGAUCAGAGAGCUAUCCUGACCCCGGAAAGUUGGACGUCCUCGACGCCGUCGCGCGAGAACGACGGUUAGCAACGUCCUCCCAGAGGCGGGAACCUGACGACGACAGCAGGCGGAACUGCGUAGUGUGCACGGUCGAGCCCCGGCAGAUUAUCUGCUGGCCUUGUCGAUGUCUCGCAUUAUGCGAUGAUUGUCGAGAGAAUAUCGCGUCUCGAUCUGCAGCAUCCAAGCAUACCUGCCCAUGCUGUCGCCGGCCUGUGGAGGGCUAUUCCAGAAUUUUCGUGCCCUGAUGGGCAUUGCUAUCGUGCAGCUGUGUAAUUAAUGCUAUUGUCGUAUGUGGAUG